AUCAUUGCGCGCGCCGCAGGGCACAGACCCAGAAGCGGCCAUUGUGGCUGUGGGAGGAACUGGAGGCCUUUGUGGACAGCUGCGUGGGGUCGAGGCCGUAGCCUGGAUCAUGCCGGCGGGGAGGUCGUUCCGUCGGAGGAGGGCGGAUUCCGAUGAAGAAGAGGGGGAUGAACUGGUCAAUGAGGAGGUCCGGAUGAAACUUGAGGAAGCCAAAGAAGUGCAGAGUCUGAGGAAGAGGCCAAAUGGAGUGAGUGCCGCAGCUCUGCUCGUCGGAGAGAACGUGCAGGAAGAGACAACCUUAGUGGAUGACCCCUUCAAGAUAAAGACCGGUGGUAUGGUGGACAUGAAGAAGCUGAAAGAGCGAGGCAAGGACAGGAUCAGUGAAGAGGAGGACCUAAACCUUGGGACCUCUUUCUCAGCCGAGACUAACAGGAGAGAUGAAGAUGCUGACAUGAUGAAGUACAUUGAGACUGAGCUGAAGAAGAGGAAGGGGAUUGUAGAGAACGAGGAGCAGAAGGUGAAGCAGAAGAACGCCGAGGACUGCCUGUAUGAGCUCCCCGAGAGCAUCCGGGUCUCUUCAGCCAAAAAGACGGAGGAGAUGCUGUCCAAUCAGAUGCUGAGCGGCAUCCCUGAAGUGGACCUGGGAAUUGAAGCAAAGAUCAAGAACAUAAUCUCCACCGAGGAGGCCAAAGCGCGGCUGCUAGCCGAACAGCAGAAUAAGAAGAAAGACAGCGAGACUUCUUUUGUGCCCACCAACAUGGCUGUCAACUACGUCCAGCAUAACAGAUUUUAUCACGAAGAGCUGAACGCACCGGUGAGGCGAAAUAAAGAGGAGCCCAAGGCACGUCCUCUGAGGGUCGGCGAUACGGAGAAACCCGAACCGGAGAGGUCCCCUCCAAACCGCAAGCGUCCACCAAAUGAAAAAGCAACAGAUGACUACCACUACGAGAAGUUCAAGAAGAUGAACAGGCGGUAUUGAAGCCUGCUUGUUUGGAGGCCGUCGAUGUGUCUUGCUCCUUUUAUUGGCCAGCGCAAGAUCUGUAAAUAGAGCUUAAAAGUGCAAAUGUUCCUCAUUUCUUCUGUUCGUUUUCCCUGAGUGUCCCUUUCGGUGUGACUGUGCAGCAAGUACUGAUAUGUCAAUACAAUAUAUGUGGCUUGCUUUUUCUUCUUCUCCCAAUUAUAAAGCUUUCUAUUUUAAACAAA